AAAACAUGGGAGUUUCUAAAAGAGGAAAUGCUGUUUCUACAGAUGAAAAUCUUACUGGACCGAGAGGAUAAAUUAAUUUUUCUAACGAGAGUUAAUUGUGCAAACUUGCAAUUUCUCUAGUAUCCUGACGACAUCGAUAUGAAGCCUGUGAUUGAAAACGUCAAGCCAGAUUGUGAACAGGAGCAUUCAUCAGACCUGAUGCUUGACGAGUCUUUUGUGGGCGUUCUUGGUUCAGGGGUGACCACAAAUGACCCAGGUCCCACCAAGGAGGGUGAAGAGAUUCUGGUUCUGAGCCAAGUGGAGGAAUCAGUUGGGUACUUUUGCCGUAGACUGAAUUAUACAAAGAAAUGUACUCAGGUGUCUGAUGAAAGUCCUUCAGAUACGGACACAAACACAGAACCAUCUGUCUCUCCCCACUCGAUGAGACGUAAGACUCGUGGUAAAAAAUUCAGCUGUAAACUAUGUGGCAUGGAGUACCGUCACAAAGUAAACCUGGUAUCUCACAUGCGAAUACACACUGGAGAGACUCCGUACAGCUGUGAACUGUGUGGGGUGUCAUUCAGACGUUCAGACUGGCUUAAAUUACACCUCAAAAUCCACAUGGGUGAAAAACGACACAUUGUGAAGCGCUUCGUUUGUGAUAAGUGUGGGAUGAAAUUUAUUUCCUCCGCCAAACUCCAAAGUCACAUAUGGAAACACAAUGGAGAGAGACAAUUUUCCUGCUCGCUCUGUGAGAAGACGUACUACAGUCUGGUCAAUCUCAAACGCCACCAAAAUGAUUGUCACUCUGAAGAGAAACGGUUUUAUUGCUCCUUGUGUGGACACAGCUUUGCACGCCUUGAAUCACUGCAGAAACACACACGGAUUCACACUGGAGAGAAACCGUUCUCCUGUUCAGAGUGUGGAAAAAGUUAUCGUCAUAAAUACUCUCUGUUAAUGCAUAAUAAAGUGCACUCAGGAAAAGGUUAAUGUCAUACACAUUUCUG